GGGGCGUGUGAGCCGCUCGGCUGCUGCGCGUCUUUGCGUGUCCACGCGCGGCCGCCGGGGCCGACUGCGCCGUGCGCACCGCCUCGCCGAGCGCCCGCGGCCUCGGGCUCGGAGGGCCGGUGCCCGGCGCGCCGUCCGCCCGGAUCCGCCGCCGGCUGCCGGGCGCGGGUCUCCGCGCGGGCUGGGGAGGCCGCUCUCGCGUCCGCGGCUGGCCGGCCGAGAGGGCGCAGAGCCCCGGGGCCGCCGCCCGCGAUGCUGCUCUCCAAGUUCGGCUCCCUGGCGCACCUCUGCGGGCCCGGCGGCGUGGACCACCUCCCGGUGAAGAUCCUGCAGCCAGCCAAGGCGGACAAGGAGAGCUUCGAGAAGGUGUACCAGGUGGGCGCCGUGCUGGGCAGCGGCGGCUUCGGCACGGUCUACGCGGGCAGCCGCAUCGCCGACGGGCUCCCGGUGGCCGUGAAGCACGUGGUGAAGGAGCGGGUGACCGAGUGGGGCAGCCUGGGCGGCGCGGUCGUGCCCCUGGAGGUGCUGCUGCUGCGCAAGGUGGGCGCGGCGGGCGGCGCGCGCGGCGUCAUCCGCCUGCUGGACUGGUUCGAGCGGCCCGACGGCUUCCUGCUGGUGCUGGAGCGGCCCGAGCCGGCGCAGGACCUCUUCGACUUCAUCACGGAGCGCGGCGCCCUGGACGAGCCGCUGGCGCGCCGCUUCUUCGCGCAGGUGCUGGCCGCCGUGCGCCACUGCCACAGCUGCGGGGUCGUGCACCGCGACAUCAAGGACGAGAACCUGCUGGUGGACCUGCGCUCGGGCGAGCUCAAGCUCAUCGACUUCGGCUCGGGCGCUCUGCUGAAGGACACGGUCUACACCGACUUCGACGGCACCCGUGUGUACAGCCCCCCGGAGUGGAUCCGCUAUCACCGCUACCACGGACGCUCGGCCACCGUGUGGUCCCUUGGCGUGCUGCUGUACGACAUGGUGUGUGGGGACAUCCCUUUCGAGCAGGAUGAGGAGAUUCUCCGUGGACGCCUCUUUUUCCGGAGGAGGGUCUCACCAGAGUGCCAGCAGCUCAUUGAGUGGUGUCUGUCCCUGCGGCCCUCGGAGCGGCCCUCACUCGACCAGAUCGCGGCCCACCCCUGGAUGCUGGGGACAGACGGGGACACCCCAGAGAGCUGUGACCUGCGGCUCUGUGUCCUUGACACCGACGACGGGGCCAGUACCACGUCCAGCAGCGAGAGCUUGUGAGGAGGACCUGGACUCCGCCUUGGGGGCCCACACCUGGCUAGUGGGAGCCAGGGACCACCUGCCUCGACCACCCCCGACACCCCAAAACAGUGACGUUCUCCUCUGCCUGGGCUGUCUCCUCCUGCAAAAGCAGUGAUCUCUAAUUCCUGGUGACCUUUGCUCUUGGCACCGGGCCUGUUUCCUUUGCUUUGAGUGCCUUUUUGAAAGCUGCUCCCACAGGACUUGGUUUUCUUAAGCUCUGCCUGUCCAAAGACGGCUCCUGUCGAAGGGAGGUCUCACUGGCCCUGGUGGAUACUUGAGCCCGAGACAUCCCUCUCUCUGCUGCUGGGUCGGGAGGUGGCCUUUUCUUUGGCCGUUGUGACCUGGAGCACUCCCCUCGGGGCAGGGUCCCGUAUGCCCACCUUGCGCCCUGCAGUCUGUGGUGUCCGUCUGGGCACAUCCGAGCACAAGCAAUGCAAGGCCGGGCCUCCGACGCCCGCGUGAGCCCUGUCUGCGUGCCCACGUCGUAUUUAUGGUGUGACCCCGAGGAGGGCACCCCCAGCCCGCCGGGGCUAUUUAUUGUUUAAUUUAUUUGUUGGAGUUACUUCCUCUGGGCAGCUGCAUCUCCUCCAGGCCCCUGGGGGGGAGGGGGUGUCUGUGUGGUUGGCGGAGCCCAGGUCCUGGUUCCUGCACCUGGUGUACGUCCCUAGCUCCACCUGUGUCUGUCAGAAGAUGAACUUGUACAGUGGCUAAUUUAAGGGGAGUGGGUGACCCUGCCACCUUGUGGUGCUCUGUGCCACAGGGGGUGGGUUUUAAAUUAUUGAACUUGUACAGUCUGCUUGUUGGCUCUGGAAGCUGGGGUGGGGUGGGGGGACAGAGUCUCAAGCCUCUAAUUUAUUUUAGCAGCUGUGUUUCUGUGAUCCCGGUGUGUGUAGGCAUCGUGGAUGGGGGGGUUUCUUUCAGUUCAGAAGUGAGAUGUCUGGAGAUCAUAUUUUUUUAUACAAGUAUUUCAAUUAAAAAUUUUUUUCGUAUGUAA